AUGCCCAUCAACGCCAACGCGUCCUUAAUCGCCUCCAAGACCAGACCAUUCGUGAUCGGUCGUAUCUCGAGGCUUCCUUCACCACCCAUGGGGAGGCCGCAAGAGCGGCUAAUUGACACGUCAAGUUUCAACCUUCAAACCGACCUGCCAGGUCGCUUUGCUGAGCCGAAGCACUACUUUAGUGGUAAACACCACUUGUACGGCUACAAGAUCGAAGCAGCUGUGUCGCCAGAUGGCCGAUGUGUUGCCAUGUCUACUGCCGACCCUGGAUCUCUGCACGACCUUACCAUUAUGAACUCUCGCAAACAUGUCCACCUUGCCAACUUAGGCAAGUCGGCCUCCGAGUCCCUUGUGCCGGACCAUGGAGAGCAGGCUGCCCUGCAUCGUGGCUCGUGGGCUUGUCUUGUUGACAUGGGCUACAUUGGAAUUAGCCACUCAUUGCGUGGCAUCCACCCGAAGCGUCGUCCCGCCCAUGGUUCUCUUGAUGCCAGCGACUUGGAACGAAAUGCAAACGUCUCCUCGGAUCGGGUGAUCGUGGAAAACUUCUUCGGCCGAGUGUGGUGUUCUCCCUCUGGCGCGUAUCCUGCGCCACGUACACGUGGUCCGAGCGAAACUACUCUGCGAUCCAGCGCGUUACGUUUGCGUUGA